CCCUAUCUAAGAUUUUUCUCAAUUUUCGUUUUUCGGGGCAUUGGAACCUAACCACUAAAAUACAUUAUAGCAACAAACAUUCAAUCAUUUGUUAAUCAUUCUUUCAUUCGGUCCUAACUGCCGAGCAACAAGCAUUCGGUCCUAACUUUCAUAAAGAAGAGUCUAUGUCAGGCAGAAAAUUGCAAAGCCAGACCGCAAAAUAAAACAGUUUUUAAUCUCUCCUGAAAAGUUGUCCAAAAUCAUAUGACAUUAUGCAGGUACAGUCGAUAUGAGAGGGCAUACUCGUGAAAAACCAUUUAAAUGUGAAAUUUGUAGCAAAGAGUUUUCAGCAAAGCAGAAUUUACAAACACAUGUCAGUGCAUACUGGUGAAAAACCAUUUGAAUGUGAAAUUCGCACCAAACAAUUUUCAAUGAAAGGAAUUUUAAAAUCGCGUAUGAGAAAAAAUCAAAAUCGAUUAACACUAACAGCCAUUUAAAUUUUAAAGUUGCACCAAACAAUUUUUAACAAAACUUAAUCUAAAUUCACCUAAAUCAGUGCAUAACGAUAAAAUAAAAAAUAGUUUGAAUAUGAAAUUUCCACUAAACAAUUUUCAACAAAAAGCAAAUUAAAUAUAUUACAGGGCAUGCUGGUGAAAAACCAUUUGGAUGUGAAGAUUGUACCAAACAGUUUUAAAUCAAACCACUUUUAAAAUCGCAUAUGAGAGUUCAUACUGGUGAAAAACCGUUCACAUACAAAAUAAGCUCCAGAGAAUUUUCCACAAAUUCUGGUUUAAAAGCACAAAUCACAUAAGGAUACUGACUGGUGUCUCUAGUAGAAAUAUGAAAACUGAAGCCAGUAGCCCAUUAACAAAUCAUGAUAGAAGUGAGAUUAAUUUGAACCAAUAUAAUAUAACUUUAACUACCAAUGUGAACACUGAAGGACAACGUUUUAUAUGCAUCAUUUGCAAGAAAUCAUUAUCAAGCAAAUAUAAUUUGGAACUACAUAUGAAAAUACACACUGGGGAAAAACCUUUUGCAUGUGAAAUUUGCACCAAACAGUUUUCAACGAAAUUUCUUUUAAAAAGACAUAUGAGUGGGCAUAGUGGUGAAAAACCAUUUAAAUGUGAAAUUUGCACCAAACAAUUUUCAAUGAAACAAAAUUUAACGAGGCAUAUGAUAGUGCAUAAUGGUGAAAAACCGUUUGAAUGUGAAAUUUGCGCCAAACAGUUUUCAAUCAAAACACAUUUAGAAAGGCAUAUGAAAGUUCAUACUGGUGAAAAACCAUUUGAAUGUGAAGUUUGCACCAAACAGUUUUCAAGAAAAACACAUUUAGAAAGUCAUAGGAGAGUUCAUACUGGUGAAAAACCAUUUGAAUGUGGAAUUUGCACCAAAAAAUUUGCCGCAAAGGAUAGGUUAAAAGUACAUAUGACAGUACAUACUGGUGAAAAAACAUUUGAAUGUGAAAUUUGUACCAAACAGUUGUCAACAAAGCAAAGUUUGGAAUAUCAUAUGACAGUGCAUACUGGUGAAAAACGAUUUGAAUGUGAAAUUUGCACCAAACAGUAUUCAACGAAAGGAGAUUUAAAAGUGCAUAUGAGAGUACAUACUGGUGAAACACCAUUUAAAUGUGGAAUUUGCACCAAACGAUUUUUAACGAAAUACAGUUUGACAUCGCAUAUUAGUGUGCAUAGUGGUGAAAAACCAUUUAAAUGUUACAUUUGCACCAAACAGUUUUCAGCAAAGCAUACUUUAAAAUCACAUAUGACAGUACAUACUGGUGAAAAACCAUUUAAAUGUGGAAUUUGUACCAAACAAUUUUCAACGAAACACAUUUUAAAGUCGCACAUGAGUGUGCAUAUUGGUCAAAAACCAUUUAAAUGUGACAUUUGCACCAAACCGUAUUCUAUGAAAGGAUAUUUAAAAAGGCAUAUCGACUGUGUACAUGCAUAAUGUCCUAUCUAAGAUUUUUCUCAUUUUUCGUUUUUCGGGGCAUUGGAACCUAACCACUAAAAUACAUUAUUGCAAUAUAGCAACAAACAUCAAUCAUUGAAUUUGGCGCUAAUUUUAACUCUUUCAUUCGGUCCUAACUGCCGAGCAACAAGCAUUCGGUCCUAACUGUCAUAAAGAAGAGUCUAUGUCAGGCAGAAAAUUGCAAAGCAUUGCAAAAUAAAACAGUUUUCAAUCUCUCCUGAAAAGUUGUCCAAAAUCAUAUGACAUAUUAUGCAGGUACAGUCGAUAUGAGAGGGCAUACUCGUGAAAAACCAUUUAAAUGUGAAAUUUGUAGCAAACAGUUUUCAGAAAGCAGAAUUUACAAACACAUAUCUCAGUGCAUACUGGUGAAAAACCAUUUGAAUGUGAAAUUCGCACCAAACAAUUUUCAAUGAAAGGAAUUUUAAAAUCGCGUAUGAGAGAAAAUGAAAAUCGAUUAACAGCCAUUUAAAUUUUAAAGUUGCACCAACCAAUUUUUAACAAAACAUAAUCUAAAAUCACGUUAAUCAGUUCAUAACGAUAAAAUAAAAAAUCGUUUGAAUAUGAAAUUUCCGCUAAACAAUUUUCAACAAAAAGCAAGUUAAAUAUAUUACAGGGCAUGCUGGUGAAAAACCAUUUGGAUGUGAAACUUGUACCAAACAGUUUUAAAUCAAACCACUUUUAAAAUCGCAUAUGAGAGUUCAUACUGGUGUAAAACCGUUCUCAUACAAAAUAAGCUCCAGAAAAUUUUCACAAAAUACUGGUUUAGAAGCACAAAGCACAUCAUAUGGAUCCUGACCGGUGAGUGAAAACUCACUCACAAUUUAAAUUCUGUAGUGUAAGACUAACCAUCUGCCGGAUUAAUGGCAGUGCCGAACAGAUAGACAUCUAGUAUCAGCUUUGAAGAGUGAAUAUAGAUACAUCUGCAGCGUCACCGCCAAAAAUUUUUUAGAUAUAUAUUUGAAAUCUCUCGAAUAUUUUUCAUAGACUCGUCUAAUUUAGUUAAAUUUUAUUUUCCGAUGGCUUUAUAGUAAAAGUUUAACUUUAAUUGAUUGUAAAUACUUUUACUUAUACAAAAUAUAAUAUAGCAAAAGCGAA